AUGAUCUUUCCUCUUCUUUCUGUCCUCUUCGCUGCUGAGUUGGUACACUCGCAAUCUACCGGUAACAUCACCAUAUCCUCCCCAAAAACAUGUAUCAUAUUAGCCCAGGUGGCAUCACUACAAUCACCAAACUCUAUCAUUUCCAUGAUCCCAAUAUGCCCCUCCUCUUCAUCAGAAACAAUAUCCUGGCCAUUGACAGGAUCUGGAGAUGGAGCUGCGUCGGGUAUAGGUAUAUACUCCCAGCUAAAUGGGGGUAAGGCGGGAUGUGUAAUGAGUAUGAGUCAGAUGACAGCUAUGUACCUUCUUGGAAGGAGCUUGAAGUGGGAAGACGUUGGAACAAUAUUUGAUGAAACAGCUGGAGUAGCAAUAGCGGAUCCUAUGAGCCAAAAGAUAUUGAGAUGCGGCCCUUCGAAUACAAUCUUUCCUGAUGGAUUAGUUCUCCCUGAUGCGGCCUCGAUCCCAAACGAUCCAGUAUGGCGACAGAGUAUUGUUCUUCAAGUUGACCAAUCUCCGAAGUCACCACAACCGAUACCAUCGGAUGUUGUGAAUUCUACCUCAUCCAGCACUUCCACACUUUCCAGUAUUUUGAGACAGGAUACCAGUCUUGGCUCUACCUUGUCCGCUGCAUCCCUUCUUGGAUCUUCAGGUACAACUGGAAUUCAAGGCGUUCAAACGUUCUCUUCUCAUCAAGGCGUAACCGUUACCGCAACUGAUUUUCCCAUCAGUAUUGCUCAACCCAUAGUGGCCAGCUCCAGUGUGACGGACUCAUCAGCACUCACAGCCACUACUUCUGACACCACAACCCUUGUCAUCGAGGCGACUUCCGACAUCUCAGCCACCUCUUCCAAUGUGCAAUCCACCGCGAAAACAGAGUCCAGCUCUGCGUCAAUUCUGGACUCCAUCGUAACAGCCUCGGCUGCAUCGACCGCUCAAGAGAUCAUCACUAGCAUGCUCGGCCCAUCCACAGCCGAUGGUCUGCUCGCAACUCCAUCACAAGUUGCAACGACUAUUGAAGCUGCUGCAUCAUCCACUAAGAUAGAAAAAUCGGCGAUACAUUCUUCAACAUCUCCGAUUCAUGAUUCCACCACUGUCAUCUUGGAAGUAUCGACUACUAUUACUGCAGUACCCAGUUCUUCGACAAGUGGAUCGACCAGUUCUUCUUUGUCAGAUGCAGUCUUACCUUCAUCGAUCAGCUCUGAGUAUGUUGCCGGCUCAUCAGCAUCUGAAGCUGCGACUGAUGAGCCCAUCGACCCUUCUCGUGUGGAGUCAUCAUUUACUGUUUCUGUACCUGGAGCUACCGGGGUCCCAUCAGUCGUUGAUUCCGAGACUUUUGUGAUUACUACCAGUACGGACAUCUCAUCAGAUUUCUCAUCUACGGAUACCCUAUCCAAUCAUGCCUCCAACACAGCAACUGCCAAUGAGAGUCCGGCAGACAUGCCACAAUCAGCGACUUCAAUCACGCCGGAACUCAGCACUGGUGCUAAGAAUUCGUUGACUCCGGAAGUGCAGAGCCCAUCCACCACUGAAACGGGAGGAGUUUCCACCUCUAUCGAUAACCCCGGAGUUCCCAACGUGCCCAUUGCACCUUUCACUCUUACACUUGAAAGCUCAGACACUACCUCUGCCACAGAACGAAAUCCAACCUCUGGAGUUGAGACAGCUCCGACAAGCGCUGCUACUUCAUGCUAUAUCUCGUCGCCAAGCCCCUUUCUUAGUACCAUCAUGAGUGCCGAAAUUCCUGCUGCAUCUGAAGUAUUUGUCGAUCAGACAAUCACCACAUUUGUGCAAGCAACAACGACCACCAACGCAAUUCAUACGGCGGCGGCUGUGAUGUCCGAUACGAUCGAUCAGCCUUCCUCAGAAGGGUAUCAAGUCAGCUCUUCCCUAAUCUCAGAAACUAAUUUAUCGUCCUCAUCCAGUCAGCCAUCGCAAAGCCUGUCACCUACUGCUGCUUCAUCUGAUCUCCGCUCAUCUUCUACCUCUAGUUCCUUAACUUCCUCGUCCACCGAGACCGAGAUCAAGAUUUCAUUAACCCAGUCAACUUCUGUUUCCGCCGUAGCGCCAGAAACUACUGCCACAAACAGUAAUCCAAAUACAGAAUCCUCUUCAGGUUUAACUGAUAAUCCUCCUGAAUUCAGCGAGUUACCCAUUCUGCAUGCUGUCCCCCCUUCCAAGACUAUCAAUAAUAGCCAAUCAUCAUCCGACUCGGAUAAGACCCAAUCUAUAGAUGAACAGCUGUACGUCACUUCCUCUGUCAAAAAGCUCUUGGACCAGGAAACAAAAACCAGUACCGCUUCAUCAAGGUCCGUUUCUCAAGCUGAACCGAGUGUCACUGGAGGACAGACAUUGAGUACAACAACGUCGCAAAGCCAAUUGUACUCGACACUAUCCUCGGCUCCCAGCACAUCAAAUUCUGUAAUCGAUGUUCCAGGUCCAAGUACGAUCCUCGCCCUCUCCAACUUCCAGGUUGAAUCAGCAACAACGAAGAGCUCAAUAGCUACGACCCCUGAUCCGCAGGAUCAAGAAGACCCGUCCGACCGAUCUCUGCCUCCUGUUCAGCUAUUAGCGGAGGUCAAGCACCACAAGAAGUGGAGGGGACGAAGGAGAGGUUUCGGGGGUGGAGGUUUUGGUGGCUGGGCAGCCGCGGGAGGUGGUGGAGGCUGGGGUGCUGCUGAUUGGGCUGCUGAAGGGAAUGAAGACGAUACAGGCUUCGGAUCCUUCGGUUGGGGUCAGCAACUAUCAGAUGAAGGAGGAGAAGGUCCAACAGAGGGCACCAUAUUGAACAGCAACGCCAAAGCUGAACCGCUAGAGCAGCCACAACCAACGGUUCCAGCUUCGAGUUUAGUGAAUAAACCUACUCCGCCGCAUAUUGUGGGUUCAUCGUACAGAUCGACAUCAUCAGCACUCCGUCCGCCUUCUUCAACUUUUCAAGUCUCAGCUUCUCUCGGCACAUCUUCGGGUCCUCCACUACCUACUCCUACCAUAAAUGUCCAUUCAAGUCUGAUGCCGUCUUCUGUGACAAAGCUCCCGCCAACAUAUUCCUUCAGUGUUCUGACCAGCUCCCCAGCAUUACUCACAGCAGAAUCACAUGAAUCCGAGUCGCGAUCCAGUAUCAGUAUCCCCCGCUCGUCAACCAGCAGAGAUGUUCUCGUUUCCACAGCCAGUUCAAGAUCACUGGCUGCCACUUCGCAAACAGCUAUUUUCCGACACUCGACUACCGAGACUGCCACAGUCCGUGACUCCACGACUAUGACUGCUACUUCAACGCUUCAGACAUCCACAACGCAGACUACAACUGUUCAUCUCCCCACCACCGAGUUCUCUUCCACAACGGAGAUAGCUACUGCAUUCUCCACCUUCCUUUCGCCAUUGACCAAGGUCCUAUCUACUACUCAAACUUCGACUUUUCGAUCUGCUGUCACCGAAGUCUCCGUAUCUGAAACAGCUACCAUCGAGACGUUAUCUACGACUACUUCUCACACGAAGACUGUGCUAGCAUCAGUGACAUCGACUUCAACUCUUCAGGCCUUUAUCACCGCUUCUACCACCGAGACCGCUUCCAAGAUCACCUCAAUGACAGAAGUAACGAAUAUCACUAUGUUAACAACAAGGGUACGUAGUCAAACGACUUCUGUUACCCAAACCACUAAAUCGACGAGCAUUGCAACUGUACAGCCACCUCGACCGCAGAGCUCUAAUUCAAGGGAAAGCUCAAUGGAGGAAGAAUAUACAGCCACGUCUGGCACGACAAUGCUUGCCCAACCGACAACGGAAACCUCUAGGACCUCCUCAUCAUCCCCAACAUCUACCCCUCCGCCAACUUUCUCUGGCGAGCUACCUAGUACUUCUGAGGAACCUAUACAAACCUUGAGCUCCUCGUUGAUCGAGCAAUCAUCAUCACCGAUCACAUCGCAGACUUCUACAGAAACAACGUUCGCCUCUUCGCUCGCCGAGUCGACAGCAACCUUACCGUCGUCUUCAUCUUCGCUUUCCUCGCCUUCAACUCCACCACCACCAUCAUCCUCGCCUUCAACAUCAUCAUCCACCGAGCCGCUGCCCCAACCAUCAGCUGAGCCAUCGCCUGAGCCAUCAACCACAUCUAGCCAGCCAGUCACUCCGUCGUCCGAAUGGACCGAGUUUCCAUUAUCGUCUUCUACUCCGUCCCCUCCAAUACCUACUCCUAGCUCAGUGGCCUCAGAUUCACCAUCACCAAUGCCAGACGAUGGACAGGCUGGACAAGGUCCAGUAUUCACAGUAGAUGGAUCGACCGUGGGCCAAUUUAGCGGUCCUGGAUCUGUAGCAGCUGUUGCAGCCAGAUCGACUAGAAAGGCUGCAGCUAUAGUAGUGCAGAUAUACACAACGACCUCCUCCCCGAUAAGUUGUACAACAAGCUCAGCGGCUAGUCCGGCAAAGACUGUUGUUCCGAGCGGCACUCUUGAAACGUCGGAUGUAUAUAGUGGCCAGUCAAGGAGCCAAAAAUCAGGCGAAAUACGGACAAUUCCGAUUGAGAAAAGGAAAAGACACACAUCGAGGUCCAGAAAAAGAACAUGA